AUGUCCGAUAUGAAGCUUCUUCAUUUCUGGCUGACAGAAGGAGCUACAAACUUUACCAAUUUCGGCGGUGGACUUAACAAUAUAUUUUCUGACGCCCUCAUCAAACAUUCAUUCGAGCAUGAGUUUCUGAUGCACGAAUUGCUAUCCUUUUCUGCUUUACAUCUCUCCCGGCUCAAACCGCAGGACGCCCAAGACUACCUCUACAUCUCCGAUGCCCAUCAUUCUAAAGGACUCACCUUAUUUCAGCUUGCGGUUUCCAGAUUAGAUGACUCGAAUAGAGAGCCUUGCUACCUGUUCUCAAGCUUGAUAUUCAUACAUGCUUGGGCCGCGCAGGACGUGGACAAGCCGUCGAAUUUGUUCUUCAUUCCUUCUCAGCAUUCUGGGGAUUCUGAAGAAGUCCUUAAAUGGGUUCAGUUGCAUCGCGGGUCGAAGGCGAUUCUAACGUCCAAUUUCUCACAGAUCCGUAAUGGUGGUCUUCGGCCGAUGUUCGAACAAUGGGAGGACCUGGGCAGAGAGAAGGAAGAUCAACUGGAAGAAGAGGAUGAAAGGUCUUUCGACAGUUUUCAUGAAGCAUUAACAUCAUCUCUCAUUCCCGAGACGCAGAAGGCCGUCUUGAUCGAAGCCUUAAAUCAACUGAGGAGGAUAUUCUGUUUCAUGUCAUCUCACCACUACAUCAGCAAGCUCUCAGCAGUCAUGUCGUGGUUCAUGACUAUUUCAGAUGAGUAUCUGCUCAUGCUCGAGAACAAGAUGCCAGAAGCUCUGGUCAUAGUAGCAUUCUAUGCGGUCGCUAUAAAGAGACUUCCUUAUAUGUGGUGGUUGGAAGGGAAAUCAGAGAAUGUGUUGCAGACGGUUCUGGAUGAACUGGGUGGCAGCUGGGAAAGCCAUACUCGCUGGGCUGUUGAGCAGAUAAGAGGAUAUACAGACGCAGUAAUCAGGGAAGAGCUGCCCCGAUGGAGUAGGAAGUGA